AGGAAUCGCUUAAUCAUUGCUUCAUUGAUACAUUUUAAUAGUCAAAAUUACUUAGUACUUAGUAGUACCUACCUGAAGUUUUUGGUGUUAGGACGUAACUUUAACUUAAACUCCAUCCAUCACAAUGACGAUGGACCCGGCGAGCGACAUCGCGAUGCUGUCGCGCAUGCGCAACAUCCGGACAGCCGAGGAGCGCGGGGACUCGCGGGUGCAGCGCGCCUUCUCCGGAGCCACCAUCUUCAUCACCGGAGGCACCGGCUUCCUGGGGAAACAACUCAUUGAGAAACUCUUCAGAUCCUGUCGGGAUAUCAAGAAGGUGUACGUCCUUUCGAGAGACAAGAAGGGAAAAUCCAUGGAAGAGAGACUAAAGGAGACACUACAAGAUCCAGUAUUCGACGAGGUCCGCAAGGUGAACUCCUACUUCGAGAAGCGGCUGGUGCCGGUGGCCGGCGACGUGGCGGAGCUGAGGCUCGGUCUGAGCGAUGACGACUGGAAUAUGCUGGCUGAGGAGGUAAACUUCAUCUACCACAUCGCGGCCACGGUCAAAUUCGACGAGCCCCUGAAAGUGGCCAUCCUCACGAACGCCCGCGGCACAAGGGAAGCCAUAACCCUGGCCAAGGAGACCAAGGACCUGAAGACCUUCGUCUAUGUGUCCACGGCGUUCUCAAACUGCUACAAUGAAGAGGCGUUUGAGAAGUUCUACCCGACACCCGUGUCUGCGCAGACGAUUAUUGACCUUGUUGAAACGUUUGAUGAGGAACGACUUGACGCUAUCACUCGGGAAAUACUCGGAGGUUGGCCAAACACAUAUUCCUUUUCUAAAGCAAUAGCGGAAGAUGCCGUCAGGACUAUGGCAACAGACAUCCCUACAUGUGUGGUGCGACCAGGCAUUGUGGUCCCCACGGCGUGUGAACCGGUGCCGGGAUGGAUGGACAUAGGCAACGUGUUCGGACCCAGCGGUAUCCUCCUAGGCAUAGGUCUCGGCGUCACCCACACUACUCUGGUGAACCCUGAUGUGAGACAAGACGUCGUGCCAGUUGACUACGUUAACAACCUCACGAUAGCCGCCACGUGGGACACCGUCAAACGAUAUGAAAGAGGACACAGAGAUAUAAAAAUUUAUACUCUUUCGAAUAUCCGGAACUUUAUUAAUUACAAUUCAUACGUAGACGUCCUAGACACAGAGGGUCGUCAACUCGUGACCCCCAAAGCUAUGUGGUACUGCGGCGCCAUACAUGCGGAAAACAAAUACACCCUGUUCUUAUUCACACUUUUCAUGCACUAUAUACCUGCGUUCUUUGUGGAUAUUGUGUUGAAGUUAAGAGGGAGCAAGCUUAGGUUGAUGAAAAUAUACAAAAAGGCCUACAGACUGAACUUAAUCCUCAGUUACUUCAUGGUUCGGGAGUUCCGACUUCACGACGACAACACUGUGGAUCUCUUCAAUAGACUGUCCAAAACUGACAGAACCAUCUUCCACUUCGAUGUAGCAGACGUUGACUUCAGGGUUUUCACCAAGUACUGGUGGCUGGGACUCAGAAAGUACAUACUAAAAGAUGGCCUUAAAGGCACUGCAAGGGCAGUUCAAAAGCAAAAAUGGCUGAAAGUUGCGAACUACGUUCUAGUGAUAAUGUAUGCGUUCACGGUUUACAAACUUUUGGUGUUUACCGGGUCGAUUCUUUGGAUGUGCUUGAGGUUUAUAUUUUAAGGGUUCGUUAGUUAAUAAAAGUAGAUGUUAAGAU